ACACAGGUCUCACAGUAGAGUUAAUUCUAUGUAGACCAGAGAAACACAGAUCACACUUCAGCUUUUUAAAACUUUUGAACCCUUCAGAUGUUUUUAUGGUUAAACGACGAUACGAGGUCGGUGAAAGGGUCACAUACAUAACAUCUCCUAUCACUAGUACGCAGAUGAUAUCCAAAUGUACCUUCCUCUAAAUUUGGAUGCCCCGUCCCCAUUCUCGCCUUUGUUCCAAUGUCUGCGGGUGGUUAAAGACUGGCUAUCCCAGAACUCGCUUAUCUUAAAUGAAAGCAUAACAGAAAUUGUUUUCGAUAGCCACGUUCCUCUGGGCCAGCUAACUGAUACAAUGGGGUCUUUCGCCAACCACCUUUCUCGUUCUGCCAGAAACCUCGGAGUGCUCAUGGAUAGUUCUUUUAAAUUGAACAAGCAAGGUAUCCACUGUGCUAAAAAACUGCUUUUAUCAAUUACACCAAAUGUCCAAAGCUAAGCCCUAUAUACCGCAUAAAGAACCUGAAAAACGUAUCCAUGCCUUCAUCACUUCUAGAUUGGACUAUUGCAACUCUCUUUACCUGGGCCUCCAACUCUCCCUCCUUCAGCGCCUGCAAUUAGCCCAAAAUGCGGCAGCAUGCCUCCUAACCGGCACCAGAAGGCAUGAGCACAUCACCCCUGUCCUCGCUAACCUACACUGGCUUACCGUCAAAUAUCGCAUUGAUUUCAAAAUCCUGCUCACUUUUAAAAUUCUAAAUAACCUGCCCCAUAGGUGUUUAACUGAUCUCCUUGAUCCGUACAACCUAAAGAGAGCACUAAGAUCCUCCAGCCAACUGCUCCUAAUGCAACCAAGGUCUCGUUUAAAAACUAGAGGUGACCGUGCAUUUGCCAUCACUGCCCCUAGACUCUGGAAUAAUCUCCCAGUCGAAAUCCGGACAUUGGAAUCAGUUCAAUCGUUCAAAUCCCGUUUAAAAACAUGCUUGUUUAACUUAGGUUUUGAAACAAAUUAGUUUGACUUUCAUUCGGCCUGCAUUACACCAUGUAAAUGCAAUUUUAAGUAUAAUGUUCUUUGUUCUGCCCGCAUUGCGGUUUUAUUGUGAAGCACUUUGAUCUACACUAGUCUUUUAAAUAUACUAUAGAAAUAAACUUUGACUUGACUUGACAUGACCUCAGACUGAGGAACAGGAAGCAUCAGCAGGUCAGAGACUCGGGGUCAGAAACCAAGUCACUGCGUACAGUCUAACAGGAAGUUACAUCGCCAAACAGCUUUCUGCGGUUUCCCUGCGGUCAUGUGACCCUGGUGACUGAUGUCAACAUCCCCGAGGAGUCAUGGUUUCCGCUGUGUGACCUAAUGAGCUCCACGAGAAAAUGUGAGGAAGUCGACCACAUCAGGGCUGAUCGAUGAGGAUGCUUCGACGCGGGCUACUUGGCUCGCCGUUCGGGUUAUUGGGACUGCGACUCAGAAACUCCAAAGGAGACGCUGCUGUGGACCAAAGUUCACUCCAGUUCAUCAGACUCAGAAGAGGAUGUUUCUGUGUCUCACCUGUUUAAGCUUUAAAAUUUGCAGCAUUAGGGGCGUGGCCUCUUUGACGUACAGGUGGCACAGAAACUGACGUCUCACUGAGAUUUUUCUAUUUCACUCGCAUGAGCUCGGGCGCUCUCUCUGGAGUAUUCAGCAUGAGCUCAGGUGUCCACUGUGGGCUGAGAACUGAUCAGCUGCUAUCUGUACCAACACAGAUGAGAUGAAUGAGUAAACAUAUCUAGUAACGUGCAUACAUCUCAUCAUUCUCACAUUCCUGCUCUUAUAUUUGGUUGUUUCUUGUAUUUUGCAGCUCUGUUGCUUGUGAAGCUGGCACACAAGAAUUUCACUCACAUGUGCUGUGACUAUAAAAGUGAUUUGAUUUGAUUACAGAGAAAAGCAGCAGAAACAUCUGAUCUGAACAGGCACUGAUUUGAUCUUUGAGUGGCCUGUGACCUCUGACCCCCUGACUGUUAGGAGGUCUUUCUCAGUCCAGCCUCUGGAGCUGUGAACUUAGUUCAGUCUACAAAUGCACCAGAACCUCCAAAUAAUUAACUUCUAAUUAAUUUCAUCUUUCGAGGUCUCGAUGUGAUCGGAACCAGUCAUGUUUUCCCUUUAUGCCAUUCUGCUGACCAGUCACGAUCAGUGGUGACAGAAUCGACCAAUAAGAAUCCACCCUGACAGAUUUAAAAAUCCAGCGAGCAGGCUGAGAAACUUCCCCCCUCGUGUUGAGCCACAGAAGCAGAAUCACCAGCUGCUGCGUCACAUCAUGUGUGUGUUUGUAAGUCCGAUUUUAUCCUGUUUAUUUCUGUUUUUCCAUUUUGAUACCGAGCCGGUCCUGUUGAGCGUUAGUUUCCAUCUUUUGUACUUCCUACGUGCGUAAUAGCGGGAGGCGUGUCCUAGUGCAUGUGCUGAUAGAUAUUUGUAGUUGUUCCUCAGACAGAGUCUAAAGUGGAUCGUCAGUCAGCCUUCCCGUCUCUAUAAGAAUCUAGAUGUGUGUAUCAAGGUGUCUGCGAUGUGUGGGCGUGUCUCUAGUUCCCAUGGCGAUUGUCUGCAUACUGUGCAACAUCCUGCUACUGGUUCCUGAGCUGAAGAUCCAGUUCCUGUUGGACGGUCAUGUGACUAGAGAGGCUACCUGGGCCACAGGACUGUGGGGCUCUGGCUUCCUGGUUCUACUUGGAGCUCGAGCCUUUGUCCAGAGCAGCAGAACCCGAGGCUGCUGUGCAUUCAGGAGUCAGAUGUUGUGCCAGCUGCUUUACUCCUGCCUGUGUCUGCUCUCUGCUGCCUCCUGCUGCCUGGUCAGUGCCACUGGUCUGUCUCAGGGUCCCCGCUGCCUCUACAACGACUCCUCUGGUCCCACCUGGGGGGUCCCGCUGAAGCCCCUCCCAGGCCGACACUCGGGAUACCUGUUCAACAGGACUCUGUGGUCUGGGGUCUGCUUGGAGCCCAGCUCGGUGGUCCAGUGGAACUUGGUCCUGUUCAGUGUGAUGGGGACUGUGAGCGGACUGCAGACGGUCCUCUGUGGGGCCAACAUCCUGAACUCCAUACUGGGCCUGAUUCUGGGUCAGGGCCUCUGCCACAGCAAGGUCUGUGGGAGAACACAGCUGUGGACCUCUGCUCCAGAUGUAGCAGUUUAUUCAUCCUGCGUGCGUGUGUGUGUGUGUGUGUGUGUGUGUGUGUGUGUGUGUGUGUGUUUCUAUGUUUCAGGUCAGUCCAGUUUCAGUUUGACAUGGAUUCGAUCCUGGGAGCUCCGACUGUGAUACACAGAAUUAAAAUUAAGUCUUUCACUGAUGCACUUUAGAUAAUCAAUAGCAUGAAGAUCAAUAACUUGAGAUACCUCGACCUUACGCAGGAUUGCAGUACAUGUACCAUUUAAUAAUUAUUUAUUUAUUUUCCUGAAUAAAACUAUUUAAACCUCCAGUUAAGCUAAAUAAUCAAUAAUAAUUAACGUGAGACUGACUGCUCAUUACACCCUGAAAAGAAAAACCGGUCAACAACAUGAUGAUUUUUCCUCCAAUCAGACCUCGGACCGUGUCUUAACUCUGCUCGCAGCCUUUCAAAGAUCAAAUACUCUGACUACAGACGGCCUCGGGCUUCCUGUAAGCUGUUCAGGUGAGCUCAUUCUGACUGUAACUGUCACAAACAGGCGAGGGGCGCGACCUUCAAACGAGUCAAUCUCUUUAUAAUCGAGCUCUGGACGACAGGAAACCAGGAUAUUUGCAUCACUGUCACAUCAUUAGGAAAUGUAAUAAUUUAAGCUUGAUUUCUGAUCUGCCGCUGAUUUUAAAGUUGUUCACCAUGUUGCACCCCCACCUCUGAGAGCCAACCAGCAGAGCUGUGAGACUGUAGCUCCACCGUAAACUUCCUGAGGAUCUGAAAACUAGCAGACACCAUGAGAGUGGAGACUGUCAGCAUUUGCAUGCAUGUGCUGUGGAUUGAUAUGGGAUUUGGACAUCACCAAUGAGUUCUGAAACUACUUUAGCCGGGCGGCUGUAUUUGUAUUAGCAUAAUAUUGCUUAUUGAUGAUGCAGUUGUGCUUGUUAUUUGACCUGCCCAAGCACUACAGGGGGAGAUUAGCUAGCAGCUGAAACUGGUGUCAUGUGUUUUUUCUCUUUUGUUUGGGGUGUUUCAUACAUGGACCCUGACAAUAAAUUUAAACUAAAUGAAGACUGGUUUGUGUCAAGCUUCAAAGAUUUACAGGAAUCUGGAAAAGACUCCAAAGUCACACUAAAGAGUGUUAAUAAGAAAAACCGUCAGCUGAAGAAAUAAAGAAGGAGAACAUCCUGUUUCAUCCUGCUCCGGGCUUCCUGUCUGUCUCUGCUAACUCUGACCUCUAACCUGUGAGACACGCACGCCGACAGCACUCUCUGCCUCCCAUGACCUCCACGACACCGUUCACACGCUCUUCCUUCAAGAUUACCUCUGCUUCAUUUUCUGCACCAUGUUCGAACAGUGAGUGAAGGAAAGCUGUGUGUGUGUGUGUGUGUG